CCAGACCUGGACCCGGACGAGCCGCAGGAAGCCAAAAGCAAAGAGCGUGGAGCAGCAAAAGAAAAAGGCCUGAAACGAAUUCGCAGCAUUGACCACACCACACAUCCUUUUGGGCAUUUCACCCCUUUUCCCUUCCGUACAAAAACCACGGGUCUCUCUCUAAUCACUAUUCACCAAUGGGAGUGUCCUUAACUCACUACACCUGACUUCCCCAACCUCCGAUGGCCCUCUCUCUCCUCCCUCCCUCCACCUCCUCCGCCUCCUCUUCCUCUUCUUCCUUUCCCCUCGCCGGGACCCGCCGCAGCUUCGCCUCCCUCACUUCUUCCACUCGUCUCUGGAACAACAACAAGCCGACUUCGAAACGCCGCGCCGUCGUCGCCGCCGCUUCCGGUGACUACUACGCCACUCUCGGCGUCAGUAAAGCCGCCACCAGCAAGGAAAUCAAAUCCGCUUACCGUCGAUUAGUUCGCCAGUUUCAUCCUGAUGUCAACAAGCAACCUGGAGCGACGGAAAAGUAUAAAGAGAUCAGUGCUGCAUAUGAGGUGUUAUCAGAUGAUAAGAAGCGUGCUUUAUAUGAUGAAUAUGGUGAAGCUGGAGUUAAGAGCACCAUGAGUGGUGGAUCUUCAACCUAUACAACUAAUCCUUUCGAUUUAUUUGAGACAUUUUUCGGGUCAAGCAAUCCUUUCGCAGAUAUGGAUACUGGUUAUGGAACACGUCGUCGUAGUACUGUUACAAAGGGUGAAGAUAUACGUUAUGACAUCACUUUAGAAUUUUCUGAGGCUAUAUUUGGAGUGGAAAAAGAAUUUGAACUAUCCCAUCUGGAAACAUGUGAAGUUUGCACUGGAAGUGGAGCAAAAGUAGGCUCUAAAAGGAGGAUACGUUCUACUUGUGGUGGGAGGGGUCAAGUUAUGAGAACAGAGCAGACACCUUUUGGCUUAUUUUCUCAGGUUUCUGCAUGUCCGACUUGUGGUGGUGAUGGUGAAGUUAUUUCAGAAUACUGUCGGAAGUGCUCCGGAGAAGGACACGUUCAUGUUAAGAAAAGUAUUAAAGUGAAAGUUCCUCCCGGUGUUAGCAAGGGAAGUAUUCUCAGAGUUGCUGGAGAGGGAGAUGGUGGGCCGAGAGGGGGCCCUCCCGGGGAUCUUUAUGUAUAUCUUGAUGUUGAAGAGAUAGAAGGAAUUCGAAGAGAUGGCAUUAAUCACUCUUCAACUGUAUCUAUAAGCUAUCUGGAUGCCAUAUUGGGAACUGUUGUUCCGGCCAAGUCUCUUGAAGGAUUAACAGCACUACAAAUUCCACCGGGUACCCAACCAGGUGACAUUCUAGUCCUGUCCAAGAAAGGAGUACCAAACUCAACAAGCCAAUCUGUACGUGGUGACCAUGUGUUCACAAUUAAAGUCGCCAUACCGACUCAUGCCAGUGGUAAGGAACGUGAAUUGCUUGAAGAACUUGCUUUACUCGGUAAUACUAACGCCAACCGUUCACGUACUCGACCCAAGUCCCAGCCAGUUGCGAAGACCCAACCUGAGGUAGCAACAGUUGCAGAUGAAACAGUGGAAGAAAAUCAGAGUGACCCUUGGAAGAAGUUAAAGGACUUUGCCGGAUAA